UUAAACAGAAGGCAUUCGGUCAAUCUUUUUUCUUUAUUUGUUGCAUGUAAAAAUUGUUAUCAUUGGAAGUUCUGCUUGUAAUUGCUGUGCAAUCAGCAUGUAUUGAAGAUUAUGAAUACUCUUUCCAAAUUAGGUGAAACGUAUAGAAAGCGAUGGAAAGCGGAAAAAAAAGACCCAAUCACUCCCGGAAAAAAGUGUAAGCGUCUUUCUCAAGCUUAUGUUUGGGAAUGACUAAACAGUAAUAAUUGUUACACAAGCAAAUGCUUAACAGAUAUCAAAAAUACCCCACAAACAAAAAAUACCCUUUUCUUUUUCAUAAAUAAAUAAUAUGCCUCAUACACCCAAGACUCCUGUUGACCCUAAUGCACCUGGUCCAAUGCUUCGUUUCCAAAGCAACCUUCCUAAAUUACCUGUUCCUGACUUGAAUGAAACCCUUCCCAAGUAUUUAAAGAGUAUACGUCCUCUUUUGAGUGACGAAGAGUACAAGCGCUCAGAACAAGCUGUAAAGGAAUUCUUAGCCCCUGGAAGCUUUGGUCAUGAGCUACAGAAGCGUCUUGUUGCUCGUGCUAAUGAUCCCAGCAUUGUCAAUUGGAUGGAAGAUUGGUGGUUAGACCAAGCUUAUAUGGGUUAUCGUGAUCCUGUCGUUGUCUAUGUCUCUUACUUCUUCGCAUAUAAGGAUGAUAAACUGAGAAGGGUGCCUGCUCAACGUGCUGCCGCCAUCACAACAGCUGCUCUCGAAUUCAAAAAACUGAUUGUUACCAAAACGCUCGAACCUGAGUAUGCAAAGGGCGAGCCUAUGUGUAUGGAUUCUUACAAGUACAUGUUCAACAAUUGUCGUAUUGCACACAAGCCUAGUGACCUCAAGGCUACUUUUGAUCCCAUCAAGAAUACCCACAUCAUUGCUAUUCGCAAGAACAAGUUUUAUUUUAUUGACACUGUUUACAAAGGUCAACAAUUGAGCACCAAGGAGUUUGAACAACAGUUCCAACGUGUCAUUGAUGAUGCUGGCGACAUCAAGGGAAUUCCUAUUGGCGUUUUGACCUCUGAAAACCGUGAUAAAUGGUGUGAUUACCGAGAUGACUUGUUGGCAGCUAAUCCCAAUAAUAAGAAGAUUAUGGACAAGAUUGAAAGUGCCUCAUUUGUCGUCUGUCUUGAUGACUUGACGCCAUUUACCAGGGAUGAACUUGUUCGUGCCUGCUGGCAUGGAGAUGGACGUAACCGUUUCUUUGAUAAGCCUUUGCAAUUCAUUGUGUUUGACAAUGGCAAAGCUGGUUUCAUGGGUGAACAUUCUUGUAUGGAUGGUACAGCUACUUGCCGCUUAAAUGAAUAUGUUUGUGAUGGACUUGCUAGAAAUCUAGUCAAUCACGGGUCUGAUCAUGUGCGCACGGAUAUCCCCCAACCCGAGCAACUUCAAUUUGUAUUGAAUGGCAAGGUCGAAAAAGCCAUUGAGACAGCCGAGAAGGAUUUUGAUGAAUUGAUUGGUAACCAUGAAAUGACCGUUUUGGCGUACAAUGCAUUCGGAAAGAACUUUAUCAAGAAAAUGAAAUGCUCUCCCGAUGCUUUUGCGCAGAUGGCUAUUCAACUUGCCUACUACAAAAUGUUUGGUACCUCUCGUCCUACUUAUGAGUCUGCUCAGACACGCAAGUUCCAACGUGGUCGUACCGAGACCUGUCGUUCGGUGUCUGCUGAAUCCAUUGCGUUUGUCAAGGCGAUGGAAGAUCCAAAUGCUUCAAGCCAAGAAAAGGUCGCCAAGUUACGUGCUGCCUUGAAGGCUCAUGGCCAAUACAUGGGGCAGGCAGUCAAUGCACAUGGUGUUGAUCGUCACUUGUUUGGUUUAAAGAACAGUUUGAGAGAAGGAGAACAAAAACCUGAGCUGUUCACAGACCCUGCAUUUGCUUAUUCCUCUCAUUGGUAUUUGUCUACGUCUCAAUUGACCUCUGAACAUUUUGAUGGAUAUGGCUGGGGCCAAGUAGUCAAUGAUGGCUUUGGUGUUGCAUACAUGAUCAAGAAUAAUGCUCUUCAAUUUAAUGUUGCCAGUGUCAGGGAUCUUGAAGUGCAUGGUAAGAAAUACAUUAAUGGUACACAUCGUUUCAAGCAAGCAUUAGAAGAGGCUUGUGAUGAUAUGCGAGACACACUCUUGGCAGAAGCUCCUACCCAAGCCAAGUUGUAGGCGCAUAUAUAAAUAUAUUAGAAAUUUGUACAAAAUAUAUAGUAUGUUUUUAUCCUUAGACACAUGAAAAAGAGUGGUUAUUUUUGAGUAGCUUAUCUUCACUAAAGACAAUCCUAUUUCCGAAAAGGGGGACAAGCGAAUAUGUUGGAAUGCAUUAAAAUAUGCGUAUGAUAAUUAUAAAAGGAAGAGAG